UGUUCCCCGGCGUGUCCCCCGGCUCGCGCGAGGAUGCGUUCCUCUCCGCCAUUGUCGCCGCCGGAGUGUCCCACGUGGUGGCGCGCGGCUGCCGCCAGGGGCAGUUCCGGGGCAGCUGCUCCUGGGUCGUUCCCGACGCCAUGAGGCUACCGCCGCGUGCUCGGCGGGGCGGCUCAUCGGACGACGUCGAAUACGGAUACCAGUUCGCCAAGUGGUUCGUGAAUGUGGGCGAUGGCAGUCGUAGCAGGCAGAGAGGGGAGUCUUUGGCGAUGAAUUUGCACGACAACGAGGCGGGUCGGCUGGCGGUGUACAAUCUGGCGCACAUGGACUGCAAGUGCCACCUGCUUUUUGGCCGCUGCAUGCUGAAGAUCUGCUGGCAGCAGCUCGCCGACUUCCACCAAGUUGGGAACUUGCUGAAGCACAAGUACGACACAAGUUCCGCCAUGCGGCUGGUCCGCCACAACAGCAGCAGCAGCGUUGCUGGUGCCACCCGCUGGUCCCGCUGGCGUCUGGAGCCGGUGAACGAGCGCUUGACGGCGCCCACGGCGAGCGAGCUGGUGCACGUGAGCGCCAGCCCCGGCUACUGCGAGCGCAACGACGCCAGCGGCAUCCCCGGCGCGGUGGGGCGGCGGUGCAACGUCACCUCCGAGGGCAAGGAGGCAUGCUCCGUCAUCACGUGCUGUGACAGAGGAUACGACAUCUCACAAGUCACGCUGGAGACGCAGUGCGGAUGCAAGGAGCAGCUCAAGGAGAACGUCAAGUGCAAGCUUUGCCCGUGGACCGUCGAUCAAUUCGCUUGCAAGUAG